UAGUCUGACCUGGUUUAAUGCUGUUUCCGUUUGUAACUACAUCUUGUAAUUUACACAUUAAGAUUAAAACAAGGAGCCUUGGGGCACCUGAAAGACCAACACAUUUAUUAUGGCAUAAACUUUCAUGGACUACAGACCACUUCAUCAGAAACAUUUAGUGCUAUCCGGAUAUAUAACUAUCCCAUCAGCUACAUUCAUUAUUAUUACAGGCUGGGGACACCCUAUCCCAGAGAUAGCUAAUGUAACAAUGGAAUCCAGUGACCAUCAGCAUCAGCCAGUAUGGCGAAUGCUCAGGGAUGAUAGGAUUUGUAGUCAAACAGCACCAAGAGAGCACCAUGUUGGCUACCCCUGCCCUAACCCUUGACAUUUCUAUGUUGAAAAGCCUACAAACCUUCUGUUGAAAAUGAAAGCAGGAACCAGUUUAAUUUUAUACUAGAAGUACCAAUAAGGGCUGUGGUAGUUUGUGACCCUAAUCUUUUUCUAUGAAGUUAUUGGAAGCUGCCUAUAUGAGAUCAGGCUUUUCCCACCAUCCAGCCUAGACUGUGGUGCUCUAGAGUCUCAGACAUUGGCCUUCUCCAUUGCCUACUGCCAGAUCAGAGGCCCUGGUCUUUUGUAUUUACUUGGUACUGAACAUAAACCCCAAGGCUGAUCCCUGACACAAAUGAGGUCCUGGUCAUCACAGCACUCAAUAUACAAAAUGGGGCACUAGUUGUAGUUCAGCAGUCAAUUCAGCAACUUGGAUAAAGAACACGGCUUUGAGACUUCCUCUUGUUACUUAUAUGGCAUGUCUGAUUGCUGUAAGUGAGGACAAGAAGGUAGAAGAGAGUGACAAAAGUCAGCAUUUUGACCAACGUUGGGCUGUAUUCACAUCACAGUCUGGUUGAACUGAUCCAUUUUAACCUCCAUGUGUGACAGUGGCCCAACUCCAGCAAAGUCCUAAUGCUUUAGGCCAGAAUGUUAGCAUCCACAGAAACUGUUUGGAUUCUUCUUUCUUUGGAAAAAUAGGACUUAUGUUGAUCAAUGUGUUGAUUAAAUAUAGAUUAAUUGCUGGGGGAAGGAAAUGGGGUUAGGUACAACAACAAAACUAUCACAAGGGAGUGAGAAGGGCAUGAGGAACCAGAAAAGAAUCUGGCAAGAUAUGCUUUGAGUUUCUGAAGCUUAUCGAUUUGUGAGGAAGGGCUGGGUUUCCUCUUCCAACGGACGCUGCACAGUUAUGCUUCAGAUAGUACUAAUGCUAUAGCACUUGCUUGCAGAGCUCCUGUUGAACUAGCCUCCUGAAAAGGAGGCUGCAUCCAAUGGAACAAGUGCAACUAUCAGCUCUCAGAUGAAAGGCUUCAUAUGGCCUUCAGAUGAUCAAGGUGAUGUUACACUGAACACUUCCUUGUGGGCACCUGGAGUCAGAUAAGGCAGAAACUUGUCAUAAUGGCAAACUGCAGUGAAAUCAAGAUGGAUAAGAACAUAGUCACUUUUGAAUAUGUUCUCUACAGCCCAGUCACUCUCUUCGGAGUCAUAUUUAAUACAGUUGCCUUGUGGGUGUUCUGCUUGAAACUGGGCAAAUGGACAGAGACCAGAGUUUACAUGAUCAGCUUAGUCCUGGCAGACUACACACUGCUCCUUACCUUACCAUUCAUAAUGUACUUUCACUACCAUGAAUGGCCCAUUGAUACUUUUUGCUUUGUCGUAUUCGGAAUCAAUUGCAUGAACAUGCCAAUGAGCAUGGCCGUCAUCAUGCUAAUAGCGAUAGACCGGUACAUUGCAAUCAAACAUCCUCUGAAAGCCAAAGUAAUCAGGUCUCCACGGAAGGCAGCUGUUUUCUGCUUAUUUGUCGGGCUCUGCUGUUUAGUUUAUACAAUCACACGCAUUCGGUCAUUCAAAAUUAAAGAAGGAUAUGUUUGUUUUUAUUCACACUUUGGUCAAAAUGUGCCUCAUGCCCUGAUCAAACCUAUUGUUUUCUUUUUCAUACCACUGGUUAUAUUGUUGUUUUGUUCCAUACAAGUCAUCCGAUGCCUCAGGAAGAAACAUAAUGCUGGUCCUCAUGAAGAAAAGUUAACCCAGAAAGCCAUCUGGGUGGUCUCAAUCAACCUGGCCACCUUCAUUAUAUGCUUCCUGCCUUUCCACUUAAGCUUUCUGCUUAGUUAUGUCCUGAAGGCCGUCAGAGGAUCGGAAUGCGAGUUGCAGAAUGUCAUGCAUAUAACUUCAUGCAUAGCCAAUCUGAAUUGCUGCUUAGAUGCCUUGUGCUAUUAUAUGGUUACUAAGGAAUUCCAGGAAGCUGCAGCUCUCUUGCCUCCCUUCAACGCAAUGCAAUCCGGGUCCAACUUAACUCAAGAUUUACAGAUGCAAAGUAAAGCACCUGAAAUGGCACCAUUACAAAGUUAAACACCUGAA